UGGAAACAAAUAGUCGAUUAACUGACGGCUCUGAAGAAUUCUUUUGGGUGGAUGGCGAAGGAGACGUUCUAGAGAAGCGUUCUAGAUUAAGAGUGAGUGACUGGCGACCCUGUGCGAAUUGCGAUUCUUGCGCUCCAAGUUGAAACUCAUCUCCAGAAUCUCUAACCAGUCACCAAAGUUAGUCCACGCUUGUAAGUUGGAGGCUUAUUUCUGUUCGGUCUCUGUUUGAAUUUUAUUUUGAGAAGCGUUAUAACUGAACUACAAUUGACAAGUUUCAUUUGUCCAAGGACAGCUCAUCUAACUCAAUGAAGUGUACAACGCAAGUUUGGUCUCAUAACCAUCACAACGGAAAAAAACGCAAUUCCGUGAAGAAUUCUGGGUCUAAGUCAUCGACCUGUUCUUGUUGCCUUCCCAUCUGCAGGUUGACCGCGAAUGCACUGAAGAACUUGCAAUCUUUCAUGGGACGAAAUUCUUUUACCCGCACCCUCUUCGUUCGGCAAAAAGUGGUGGUGUGGCCGUUGGAGUGGGUCGUUCGUUCGUUGCGAGGACCGGUUUUGGCUGCUUUUUGGCAUGCCUUUCAGAAAGUGCAUCGUGGUACAGCUUGAAGGAUUGUGGGCUUUUAAAACGAAUGUACGAUCCAACGAGCUCGGCAUGAGACGUCGCCAUAGAGAAGAAUAAGCCUGAAUAUGGAGAAGGAUGCAAAUCAGCGAAGCCCAGACUCCACUACAACCUUUAAUCCCAGGAAGCGGAGGUUGAUUGAGGAAUGGGACGCCAGAUCUUGUCAGACGCCCGAUGUGAAGGGAUUGCCCUCAAAAAACAAAUGUGGUCCUUUGGACCUUAAAGAUGAUUGGAAAGAGAGCCAAACCAUAAAAGAUGCUCGCAACUACGCAAACCUCAUCCCAGACACGGAGUUCAUUCGACCGUACCCUUCCUUGGCCAGGACUCCCUCAGCCUUCAGUGCCCUGGAACCAAGGAGAUCGAACUUGUCCCUCAACACAUCAUUGUACGCACCUCAACCUCUACCACCGACAUAUCCAACUCACAUCGCCACGACGAGACCUCCGCCCGGAAUGCCCAUCAACGGCUUUCUCUCACCAAGAGAACAGACACGGAACUUGAUUGAGAUUGCUCGCCACACACUGCCCGGUCCAGCCGUGGAGAAGACGCAUUCUCGAGACAUUUCACCCGAGGUCACCUUGGAGCUGGCCAGGGACAAUGAUAGUUCGAAUCCGUAUGACCCCAGAGCUCAAAAUAGCUUCAGGUAUUCAAGCCGUUCCCUAACACCACCACCACCAAACCAGAGUGUUGGUGGGCACCGGGGAGCCAGAAUUUUACACGCUGACCGUUCGCCAUCCUUAAUUAUUGCCCCUCAUGCCAUAGGAAAUGUUCCUAUCAGAUCUCGACAUUCCCCACCUUACCCCUUACCUCCCGGGGGCGGGACUAUUCAUCAUUUGCCCAAGCCCCCAUCCCCGGUACGCAACAUACCUAUGUUUCCAGAGCAAGGACGGCAUCGUCACAUGGAACCCUCUCCGCCUCUUUCCCACCCAUACCUAAGGCAUUCCCCCCCUCCUCCGACCCAUACCAUAACAUCUGGCGAGUACCGAGGAAAUGACCCUCGGGAACACGAACCUCCACCAAUGAAUGGUUUGCGGACGUCACCACAUGGGGACCAGCGGCCAAUGAGCUUAAUUCAUCUGCCUCCAGAUGUGGGAAUAGUGCGGGAAAGUGCGUUCCAAGCUCCCAUCGCUCACCCUCAAUACCCCCCAUCUCAAAUGCCACACCCAAGUUUGAUAAGAAACGGCCAUGUCCGUCUCUCUCCAGAAUUGUCAGAGCGGGGCGCUCCACCGAGACAAAUGUAUCCCUACUACGACGACUCCUCCAUAUCACCCUCCGAUUCCGGGUGUUCAAGUGGACGAGGGUCGAACCCUGUCUCUCCUAUGAUCGAUGUUCCUAGUAACCCAGUUGCCGGUCCCAGUCAUGCCAAGGGUCCUCGGUCUAAGAACCCAUCGGGUAGUGAGAGUUCCACGACUAGCACUAAAACGCCAGGCAGCAGAAAUGGAGAACGUCGAGGAGGGAGGCCAAGCACCGGGUCUAGAUUGAACAACCUAAUCCCGCCAGAUUGCCCCUUGACCGAAGAACAGAUUGUAGAUCUUGAUAUUGAUUCUUUUAAUGACCUUAUGGGCAAACACCAUUUCUCUGAAGAAUCCAUUGCCAAGUAUCGAGAUCUGCGACGCAAGGGAAAAAAUAGGCAAGCAGCAAAAAAGUCACGCCAAAAGAAGAUCUCUGAAUUGGAUAUUCUACGGCAGCAAGCGGAAGAAAAAAAGGCCGCACUGCAAGAGAUGAAAAGACAAAGGGAGAUUCAAAAAGGCCGGGAAGCCGAGAUUUCACGACGGAUCCGUCUGAAGAAACAAUGGAUCAUGAACAAGACGCAGAUGGACACUACCAUGGAUGCCUGCUAAGCAUGUAAUCCGAACUCCAAGCCCACUUGAGGAUUACCGGCGGUGGAAAAGAAUCCCCGAAGACCUAUUUUGGCAAUGCAAGCAACCCACAAAAACACGUGUCUUGGGCACGAUAAAUACAGAAAUCAAGAAAGCACGACAACUUCAUCCACCUUACAUGUUUUAUGGUUUUAGUUGACGUGAACAUUCGAUAACACGUUGCUCAUUUCGAAUUUUGAAUGCAGAACAGUCUGUGAUUGAAUUGAAGAUUUUUCGUUUCCAUGGAGGGCUUUUAGAAUCUCUAGUGGACGACGAAAAUAAAUGCAAGAUUGCGAUAGAUCAAUAUAUCAUAGAGUACAAACAGAGAGAAGCAUGUCAAACUUCAGUAGUGGACCAUUAUAUAUGUAUACUUAAAAUUUGAACACACACACACACAGCCAAGUCAUUGCCCAAACAAAUCUGGAACGAAAAAUGAAAAUCGAGUACCUGCUUCAAAAUUGAUAGGUUUGCUUUCCAUUCAAGUCCAACACCAACAAAACGUACCAUAAGAAUGUUACUAUCAUAACUGUACCACAAGUACGGAUUCAGUGGAGAAAUUUAACCAAGGAGAAUUGAAAAAUCCCACUGCCAAAAAACGCGCACAGAGCCGUUCGACUCUUCAACCCCGAGCCCCGAAAAUAUACGAAAAGUGAAGCCCACGGCAAUUUUUGCUCAUAAAUUAUUCGAAUAGAGCGCGUAUUUGGAGAACACAAUACUUGUUAAACGUUGUUUUUGUUAUGCAAUGUGAUUUGAUAGUAUCUGAAGAAAACAUUAUUUUCAUCCCUUGAAUAAUUGCUGUAUUUCAUGUACAUAAGUCGACAAAUCCGGAAAUAAAUCUAAAUUUUUCGAUUUCAAA